GGCGGCAAUUAUUCAGUUUUGGCCCAAAUGUUAAAACCAGACAAAGCCCAAUUAACUUAUAACCGCUGACUUGGUUCCACACUUCCACUCACAGUCACCGACGAUUCCCCUCUCCGCGCCCUUAGAUACGAAUUUUCAGCCUUCACAGGAAGUUGAAUUCACCGCGACUUUCUGCUUAAUUUUUGCGGUUAGAAAUGGACGGUGACGGCGAGGAGUUGACGGCGCAGGAGACCGCUUUGUAUGACCGUCAGAUUAGGGUUUGGGGAGCAGAUGCUCAAAGAAGAUUAAGCAAAGCUCAUGUCUUGGUCUAUGGAAUGAAAGGAACUAUUGCUGAGUUUUGCAAAAAUAUUGUUUUGGCCGGAGUAGGGAGUCUGACAUUAAUCGAUGAUCGACUGGUCACUGAGGAAGCGCUUUCGGUGAACUUUCUAAUUCCUCCGGAUGAGAAUGUGUAUAGUGGAAAGACCAUUGCUCAGCUUUGUUGUGAUUCACUUAAAGACUUCAAUCCUAUGGUUCGUGUUUUUGUGGAAAAAGGUGAUUUGUCAAGUUUUGAUGUAGAAUUCUUCGGAAAGUUUGAUGUUGUUGUUGUCAGUUGUUCCUCGCGUUCAGCCAAAAAACUAGCCAAUGAGAAAUGCCGGAAAGCAUCAAAACGUGUAGCAUUUUAUACUGUUGAAUGUAGAGAUUCUUGUGGUGAAAUUUUCGUUGAUCUGCAGGACUAUAAAUAUUCAAAGAAAAAAUUGGAGGAAACUAUAGAAUGCCACCUAAAAUAUCCAAGUUUUGAGGAUGCUUUGUCAGUACCUUGGAGUGCACUUCACAGGAGAAUGUCAAAGCUGUACUUUGCAAUGAGAGUAAUAGAGAAGUUUGAAGAGGCUGAAGGACGUAGUGCAGGAGAUGUUUCGGAUGCAGAUCUUUCCAGUGUUCUGAAGCUUAAAAAGGAGCUUUGUACUGCACAAUCUCUCAACGAAUCUCAUGUGCCUGAUACUCUUCUAGAAAGAUUGGUAGCAGAUACAACAGAAUUUCCUCCGGUUAGUGCUGUUAUUGGGGGAAUCCUUGGACAGGAGGUUAUCAAAGCAAUUUCUGGUAAAGGGGACCCCAUAAAGAACUUUUUCUAUUUUGAUGCUUCUGAUGGGAAGGGUGUUAUAGAAGACAUAUCUGAUUCAAAUACUGGAAAGUAAACAUCUUCGAGUCAGUGUUCUUUUCAGAGUCACCGGCAAUCUUUGGUUGUGAAUUAUAGCAAAGAAAACUAGUAAACUUAAACAGAUAUCAGUCAAGAGACUGAUCUCGUAUUAACUGCUUGUUUGUAGUUUUUGUAGUUCCUUAUUUAUUUUGAUUGGUGACAAUUUAGGGUUAGAAUUGUCUCCUAAAUGUAGACGCUCAAAUGUAUGUAUGCUGACCAUCAAAGCUGUCUCUUAAGUUACAAAACCUCGCUAUGGUUCGGAAAGUAGCUUGUCAUGUUUAUGUUCUGGGUUCUCCAGUGGGUAAACCUGGUUAAUUGAACUACUUAAUAUAAUGGUGCCUUUUGUUAUA